CGCGUGUUUCCAUCUCCUCGCUAUCUCUCUCUCUCUACAUUUCGUACUCAAACGCGAGGUUUCUAAUUAAUGGCGCCUUCAGGCGAAGGACCAUCAGGGGCCGCGCCCUCCUCCGCCUACGAAGGCGGCGGCGACGGUGUUGGAGGAAAGUUCCGGAAGCGUCCCUUUAGGAAGACGCAUACGACUCCGUACGAUCGGCCUCCCACCGCCCUCCGAAACCCUAGCUGGCUCUCUAAACUCCUGGUGGACCCUGCUUCGAAGCUCAUCGCCGCUAGCGCUCAGCGGUUCUUUGCGCCUCUUUUUCGCAAACGCCUUCCCCCGCCCCCUUCCCCUCCCCCUCCACCGCUUCCAGAGUCAAACCAAGAUUCAAGUGACAGGAAUCCAGAUGCAGGUCUAAAAGCUGAAGCACGAGCAGCACCUGUUGGUGAUGGUGAAAAUUUUACUCAUAGCACUGAUGGUGGUAGUAUCUCAGAGCUUGAGCAAUUGUUAAAGCAAAAAACAUUCACCAGAUCUGAAAUUGAUCAUUUGACAGAACUGUUGCAUUCAAGAGCUGUAGAUUUACCUGUUGAGGAUGGUGUUAGAGGAACUGAACCAAAUGCCUCAAAACUGGUUGCAAAUUUUGAAGGGCAGCAUCAGCAAGUAAUUUCAUCAGAAGAAAAAAGGAAUAAAAGUUACAGAUCUCAUGGGCUUGAUUCAGCUCCUGGUACCAGUAGAAGGGUUCUUGAGGAUGAUAUUGCUUCUCCUGCUGAGAUUGCUAAAGCUUAUAUGGGCAAUCAGGUUUCAAAAGUAUCACCUUCAAUGCUGGGAUUGCGCAGUCGUGCAGUAAGGGAAGAUGUGGCCAUGCGAAGGAAUGUACCAUUUACUCCAACAUCUGCUAUGAUUUCAUUGCCAACAAAAUCAAUUGGUCAUGUUGAGGUUCCAGAAAAUGGUUUUACCACUCCUAGAUCUCGAGGUAGAUCUGCAAUAUAUAAUAUGGCUCGUACCCCGUAUUCAAGAGUUCACCCAACCGCUCUUGAUAAGGGAAGUGGAUCCAGGAAUUAUGCUUAUGGAGGACCUUUGUUGCCAACAUCAUCCCUAAAGGAGCCUGAUGGGGACCUUGGAUCUAGAAAACUGGAUCUCAAGCGAAGGAGUUCUGUACUAGACGAAGAUCUUGGGUCUGUUGGUCCGAUGCGGAGAAUCCGCCAAAAGCAUAAUUUGUUAUCUCAUAAACAUCCCCCUGCUCAUGGAUUUGGAAGUGUUUCUGAUGCAGUUAAAUAUCCUUUAGCUCUGAACCAGAAGUUCCCUUCAAAGGAUGACUGGAAGCACGAAGGUCCAAAAGGUGUUGGAGAAAAUGAUGUUAAUCGCACUCCAAGGACAAGUUAUGUCCAUGUACCUCCCAAGUCCAGCGAGAUGGCUGCAAGAAUAUUGGAACAUCUUGAGAAGAUGACCCCGAAAGAGAAAUCUGCGGAGUCCAAACUCAUUACUGCAAGGGAGAAGACACCUGCUAGAUUGACAACAGAUAUGCUUCGUGGACAGGCUCUUAAAAGCCUGGAGCAUACGGAUUCCUUAAAGUUGCAGCAGGGCAAUGAAGAUAACCAUAAGUUGGAGGAUUGGUCCCAGAGCAAUUCACUUUGUGUUCCUGCUCCUGCAAAGGAGGAGAGAAAAGAAGUAAAUGGCUCUGAAAAAUUAGAUUCUCAACAUGACUUGCCAACUCCUGUAGAGAACAGCCAUAUCACAGCUUCAGUAAAAGGUGUUUUGUCUACUGUUGAAACAUCUGAUUCAGUUGCAAAAUCUGUAGUUCACCGUCCUCAAAAGAAACGGGCUUUUAUGAUGAGUGCUCAUGAGGAUUCCCUGGAGUUGGAGGAUGACAUAAACUUAAGACCUGCAUCUGAAGCUUUGCGUGAAGGGAGAGAAAAUCAAGAAACAUCUGCUACAAAUAAAAGUUCAUCUACUGCUGAAAAACUGGCACCAGAGAACGCUGCAGCUUUGCCUGAAAUAAGGACAUCUCCAGAACUUAUAUCUGGUAAAAGAAGUGACUUGGAAAUUGGCAAUGCUGUGGAUGUUGGUAAAGAAAAAACUGGUUUCACCAUGCCUAAUUCAAUUGCAUCUGGAACAACUUCCCAGCUAGUUACUCCUCCAUCACCCUUGGGAUCGGAGAACCCAAAGCAAGGAAUUCACGAAGUUACAACAUUCCAGAGUUCUUCCUCGUUAGUUACUGAAAUUUCGGGCCCAAAAGCAUUCCCUUGGACCAAUCAAAAAGCAGAAAUUUCAAUUAGUUCGGAUGGUGCUGCCACUGGCACUGGUGUGACUAGUGCUUCUUUUGGAACUCUUGGGUCUGGGAAAGCCAAUGACAUUAAUUCUCCUGAGGCUGCUAUAUCAAAUGGGAGAAUGGCUAAUACGCAUUCUGUUGCAUUGAGCUCAACAGCAUCUGGAGGCAUAUCAUCAAUUGUUCCAAUGAGUUCAAAUAAUGGGCCUUUGGCCAUAAACUCUUCUCCCUUCUCAUUCCCACCUGCUCCAGCUUCCACUUGCUUUGCAAGUCAAUUUAGCAAUAGUACCAGCAGUCUUAUUUCUUCCCCUAGUACUCUAAGUUGUGCAGCUACAGCAUCAACCUCUGCUGCCCCAAGUAGUAGCCCUGUUUUGUCUACUGCAGUUCCUUCAUCUCCGGUGAUGCCUAUCUUCAAAUUUGGGGACUCUACUGAACCAUUAUCUUCAGCAACUUCAGCGUCUAGUGCAGAAACAUCAGUUAUGAAUAUAAGAACAGAAAAAGAAGCAAUUUCUGGCAGCGCAAGUGAUUUACUUUCUGGCAAUUCUUCCUUUGCCUCGGUAGCAACUGGAAGUAACAUUUUUGGCUUGACUUCUACAAUUGUAUCUUCUAUCGCUAACAGCCAGUCUCAGGGUUCUUUUCCCAGCACCGGCAUGCCUAAUCAGUUUGGUUCCUCUGCAUCACCUUCAGUUCUUGGAACUUCUGAAGUUACAUCUUUUACCUCCGGCAAUACUCUAUCUAGUUCUUCAACAACAUCUACCCCAUUGUUUGGCGCAGGUACUGGUUAUGGUCUUAGCACUUCAGCCUCCUCGGCGGAGACCAAGUCAGUCAGCGCAGGAAAUGGUGCAACUUCUAGCAUCUUUACUUUGGGGAUCAAUGCUCCAUCUUCUUCAUCAAUAACCAAUGCAAUCAGCUCAAAUGGUGGUGGUGGUGCGCCUGCUGCAUUCAGUUUUGGUACAAGUUCUUUGGCUACCUCUUCAUCUGCAAAUGCAAGUAGCUCUAGCAGUGGUGCUACUCCCAUCUUUAAUUUUGGUAGCAGUAACAUGGUUAGCUCCAGUUCUGGUGGUGGCUCUAGUAUAUUUGGUGUCAGCAAUUUUUCUUCCUCUUCUGAAAGUAAUCCUGCUAGCUCUAGCAGUGCUGCUGCUAGCAUUUUUGGUUCCAGUUGGCAAGCUUCAAAGUCUUCUUCCCCCUUGGGUUCCACAUUCAGUUCAUCUCCUUCAACUGGUUUCUCCUUUGGAGUGGGCUCAUCUCCCUUUGGUAGUAGUAGCUCUGCGUCCAUUGCAUUUGGGGCAUCCACUGGUGCCUCACCUGGAUCUUUCUCCUUCAAUACAGCCUCUUCUACAACCACGUCUUCGCCAUCUGUGUUUAACGCAGCACCAACUUUUGGUAACUCUACUACUGCCUUUACAGCUCCCGCAGGAAAUAAUGACCAGAUGAACACAGAAGACAGCAUGGCUGAGGAUCCUGUGCAGUCAUCGAUGCCAGCACUUCCAUCGAUGCCAGCACUUCCUGCUUUUGGUCAACAGGCUAUUUCGCCUUCCCCUGGUGGCUUUGUUUUUGGAUCAACAGUUGCAUCACAGACUACUCCAUUUCAGUUUGGUGGGCAACCGAGUCAAGCGGCUCAGCAGAACCCUUCUCCUUUCCAAGCAUCAGGAAGUGCGGAGUUCAAUGCUGGAGGAAGCUUUUCUCUUGGCAGUGGCGGCGUUGGUGCCGACAAGUCUGGUAGGAAGAUUGUGAAAGUUAGCAGAAGCAGACAUCGAAAGAAGUGAUGCUUCAAAAUAGACUGUGGGAGUCAAUACAUGGAUGCCAUUGUUUUAUGUAUUUUUCUUUUCGCAUCUUUUGACUGUCAAAUUUCAUAAGGCAUUAAAUGUCUUGAUUAAUGUCGCAAUUUUGGAUGCGUGUAAUGAAUGAGCCCAAAGAAGGUUGUAAUGUAUGCGUUAUAGGACAAAUACUUCAUGGUCUCAGGUCAUGAAAUGGUGCUGUAGGCCUUGAUUGGUGUACGAUUUUGUAACAUAAAAAAAUGAAUUUCGAUAUCCUAGAGCCUAUGCAGGUUGUCAUCAUGGUGAUUUCCUC